AAACCGAUUGACGUUAAUUUACCUAUAAAUAUAGAUAUGUAAACAGUAAACACACUAUUAGCAUACUUUAACAUUGUUAUAUACAAAUACACAAAAAACAUUAGUUCAAUAGAUGUCAAAUAAAAACACUUUGUUUUAUAAAGGAUUAACGUAACAACUUACCCAUUUCAAUUAUGAGUCGUAUGACUGCGCACAAAUUGCAAAAACACAUUGCUGAAGAAACACAGUUAUUAGCCGAAGAGAAGUGGCUCAUAAAAACGUUAAAUAUUAUUAAAAAGGAGCGAAACAGUCUACAGAUAGAAAGACUACAUUUAGAAAGCUUGAAAAUGCAGGCCCAAGGUCUACAACCUAAGUCUUCUAAUGUAGAGGCAGAACCAUCUACAUCAGUGGUGAAUUUAAUGCAAAACACGAAAGGCAUCAACAGUGGUGAAACAUUAGUUUUUGAGGAAGACGCUGAAUUUGCAAAUAAUGUAGCCUGCAAUGAAGAGUCAUUGAAUUUAACAGUCACUAAUUCUGUGUUUGAUAAAAUUAAUGAUGAUUUUAUCAUGGAAGAAGAUGAAGAUGAUGAUGAUGAUGUCAUUAUUGAUAUGAACAUGUUAAUGAAUGGACAAAAUAUGUGAAGUGAGGAAAAGUAACAAGAUUGUGGAACAUUGAAAGAGAAUAUAAGGAUUUGAAGCAUUGUGUUUCCCGAGUUGUGCCACAGAGCAUACCUACUGUUAAAGAAUAGAAAAAUUUGUUUCUAAUGUAGGAGUAAGGGAAAGUUGAAGUUAUAGAAAGUAGUAUUAUUUCAUUUUUUUACAUAUAUGACUAUUUAUACAAUUACAUCAUCUCACAGUUACAGUAUAAGUAUUAGGUAGUAUGUUUAUUAUAUGUUAUCUGUGAUAUAAGUCAGGUCUUUUAUCAAAAACACUUUUUCACGUUUCUAGUAUAAAAAGUAUAUACAUAAGUCAUGGUCUUUAAAUAUGCUAUAACUUUUUAUGAAUAAGACUGUAAGCGGGUAAGCCUUUACAUAAGUUGGUGAAACAUGACUUCCAAAUUGCUUGUAUAAUAAUAGUUAUUAAUAAAAAGCUAUGUUGAGAAGCAAA